GCACAUGUAGAACAUGAAGAAAACAAGCAUGGCCACAAAACGUACACGAGAAGCAUUAGAAGAACCUAAAGGAGACCCUGUAAACCUGUUCAAAGAUGUAUCUGAUAGCGAUGCUGACACAGACUCUGAGGAUAGUGUGUACUCGGGUUUGGAAGAAGAACCAGAUACAGAUUCUGAUAAUGACAACGAGGAUGCUGACAGUGAUGAUAGCUAUAAUUCUUCAGAUGGAAGAGAUGCUGAAAAAGAUAUCAGUAGUAUACCAUUAGAGGGAGGAUCAACUGACAGUGACAGAGAUGAAGAGGCUUCUCUCGAGAAAGCUAUUGACAUAAAAGCUCACACAAAAUCUAGAAAUUCUGGUACGGCACAGGCGACAAUGAAAACAGAAUCUUCAACUCCACAGAGAGAUGAAUAUGAAAGUGACUCUUCUGAUGAAGAGGAUAUCAGAAACACAGUAGGAAACGUGCCAUUGGAGUGGUACAAAGACUAUGACCAUCUUGGUUAUGAUGUAGAGGGCAGGAAAAUUAUUAAACCCAAAAAGGCGGAUGAAUUAGAUGAGUUCCUCAACAAAAUGGACAAUCCUGAUUACUGGAGAACAGUUACCAACAAGAUGACUGGCCAGAGUGUGGUCCUUAGUAAGGAAGACCUGGCGACCAUAAAGAGGCUACAGAUGGGGAAGCACCCCAAGGGGGUUGAAAACCAGUAUGAGCCAUGGGUGGAUUUUGAAACAUCAGAAGUGAUGAUUCAUCCAAUGACCAACCGGCCUGAAGACAAACGUAGUUUCAUCCCAUCCAAGUGGGAACGACUUAAGGUUGGACAAAUGGUACAUGCACUAAAGAUGGGUUGGAUGAAGCCAACGCCCAAACCAAAGAUGGAUGGAGAGGAGGUGGAAGAGGAAGAAAAGUUCUACAUGCUGUGGAAAGAUGAGGAGGAGAAUGAUAUCACAAAAAAGUACAGAGCUCGAAUUCCAGCCCCGAAGAUACCUUUACCAGAUCACUAUGAAUCCUAUAAUCCACCACCUGAAUAUCUGUUUACAAAGGAAGAGGAAGAGAAAUGGCGGAAUCAGGACCCUGAUGAGCGACGAAUGAAAUUCCUGCCUCAGAAGUUUGACAGUCUGAGAAAAGUUCCAUCCUAUCCCAGAUUUAUCAACGAGAGAUUUGAAAGAUGUCUUGAUCUCUACCUUUGCCCCCGACAAAGGAAGAUAAAGAUGAAUAUCAACCCAGAGGACCUGAUUCCAAAGUUGCCCAAACCCAAGGACUUGCAACCCUUCCCAACAACACAGGCAGUAGUGUACAAGGGUCACACAGAUAUAGUGAGGUGUAUAGCAGUAGAUCCAAGCGGCCAGUGGCUUGCCUCAGGUUCUGACGACAAGACAAUAAGGUUUUGGGAAGUGUCUAGUGGUCGCUGUCUUCACAAACUGUCCACAGGCGAUGUGGUAAAAAGUUUGGUCUGGAACCCAAACUCGGCCAUCAAUUUGGUGGCCGCAGCAGUGAGUCGUUAUGUGUAUCUGAUCAACCCUGGUCUAGUUGACAAAUUGGUUGUUACUAAAACAGACAGUAUGCUGGAGUCUAUUAAACCAGGAGAUGAUGCUGGGCCAAGUAAAAAGGCGCCUGUUGAAUGGGAAGAGAUUGGAGGAAGAGAUUAUGAGGCUGGAUAUAGGUUUAAACUUUCACAUCCCAAGGAAGUGAAUCAGGUGACGUGGCAUGGGAAGGGAGACUACUUUGCAUCUGUGAUGCCCAAAGGGGACAGCAACGCCGUCAUGAUACACCAGUUGUCACGGCAACGAUCACAGAAUCCAUUCUCCAAAUCCAAGGGCCUGGUGCAAUGUGUUCUGUUUCAUCCAAUCAGACCAUUCCUGUUUGUGGCUACCCAGCGAUAUGUGCGUGUGUAUAACCUAUUGAAGCAGGAACUCACCAAGAAGCUAUUGACCAACUGUAAAUGGGUUUCCAGUAUGGCAGUACAUUCAGGAGGUGACAACUUGAUUAUUGGAAGUUAUGACUGCAGACUGUCUUGGUUUGACCUAGAUCUAUCUACAAAACCUUACCAAACACUCAGACACCAUAAAAAGGCUCUGCGCCAAGUAUGUUACCAUAAGCGGUACCCUCUGUUUGCAUCAGCCUCAGAUGAUGGGACAGUUAUUGUCUGUCAUGGAAUGGUUUACAACGACAUGUUAAAAAAUCCGUUGAUCGUGCCUGUGAAGGUUCUGAAGGGACACAGUGUGACUAAGGACCUUGGGGUGAUGGACUGUGUGUUCCACCCCACUCAACCCUGGGUGUUCAGUGCAGGUGCUGAUUUUACUGUCAGGCUGUUUUCUUGAUUCUCUUGAGGUCAUAGCAAAAUCAGAGUAUAGGACAACUUGUUAUGUUCAUGACAAGGUUGCAGGAUUUGACAACUUACAGAGGUCUUGACUUGGUCAGAUGAUUAGCAACUACUGGGUUGUGACAAGGUUACAGGAUUAAGACAAUUUACCAAUGUCCUGUCAUGGUUUUAGGAAUAGCAACUUCUUCUGUCAUGACAAGAGUAAUGGAUUAAAGAACUUACCAAGGUCAUUACAUGGUCACAGGAUUAGCAACCACUGAAGUUGUGACAAGGUCACUGGAUUUAACAACUUACUAAGGUCAUGACAUAGUUACUUUAAUAGCAACUCCUGAGGCCAUGACAAAAUUACCCAAUUGGACAUCAUACUGAAGCCAUGAGGUCAUCAAAAGUUCACUGGAUUGGACAACAUAGUAAGGUCAUCAAAAUUCACUGGAUUUGACAACUUUAUAAGGUCAUUACAAGGUCAUGGGAUCAAGCAAUUUCUGUGGUCAAGGUCAUCACCAUAGAGACUUAACAAUUGAACUGCCUAUGCUUGUAUGAGUUGUUACAAAACACUUCCAUUGUCAAAGUAAAUGUAAUAUCUGGUAUUUUAAGAAUGAUUUAAAUAUUAGUAUGUUUAUUGAACCAUUUUACAUCAAUAGCAAAGGGCAUUGAAUGACUGAUGUUUUUGUUAGUUUUUGAAAUUACUAUAAACCACAAUAGUUUUGCCCCACUCCCUUGCAAUUUCCACUUUCUCCUCUCUCAUAGCAAUUUUGCCUUGUGGUUUAAUAAUUGGUACAUGUACCAUGAACUAUGUAUACAUAUUUGUUCUCCCAAUGAAUUUGGGGCCUUUUGUUUGCAGGAGUAACGGAUGAAAGUAAAAUUGGGCAAAAACUUGAUGUUUUAUAGUAAUUUCAGUGAUUUCAUUCUGGACCUAUACAUACUGUACAGUACUGGAUGGUAAAGUGGCAUAUCUUAGUCCAAAAAUGUCAACCACCUAGUCCUGAAAAUGUUAAUAAUGCAAAAUAAAACGUUUAUUAUUUACA